UAAACAGUGCAGCAGCUUCAUUGACACAGCACCGACCACCUUUUUAAACUCUCUACCGACUGUCCGUGAUGACUAGUUCCACUGAAUUCAACAGUGAAGAUCCGGAUCAGACUUUAAGCGGGAUUGCUAGUAUUUUGUGUACCUAUUUGGAGAGAUUUUCGGGAAGGUGGGUGGGCACGCUCAUUUCAAAGCUUUGACACAAUGAGGGUAAACAGGGUGGCGCCAGACUCCUUUAGGUCUGACAUAUAAGCCAGGUGGCGUCAGUUCAGCACCUGAUAGCCACUCUCCCGAACUGCAAACCCACAGCAGACAGUGCACAGAGCGAACCGCAGGCUGCAGUUUAUGAAUCUCGCCGAUAUUUCCUACUUUCCCGGCAUAUGCAGCAUGACUGCCGAGUCCCAGCAGUCUUCCAAUGAAGCAUCCUGCGCUUCCAGUCCGCUGGAGAGCUCGGCGGAUGUGUCACUGGGCUCUCCCGGUAAGGAGGAGGUGAUGGUCAAAUCGGAGCCGAGAAGCACCAGCCCGAGCGCGGAGGGAGAUGACGGGAACGGGGCCGAGAUUGAGGGCCUGCUACCGAGCUCCGGAGGUAGGAGGAGGAAGCGGCCGAUCCAGCGUGGGAAACCGCCUUACAGUUACAUCGCACUGAUCGCCAUGGCCAUCGCCAACUCGCCAGAAAGGAAAUUGACCCUUGGAGGUAUCUACAAGUUCAUCAUGGACCGGUUCCCAUUCUACCGGGAAAAUUCCAAGAAGUGGCAGAACUCCAUUCGACACAACCUGACUCUCAAUGAUUGUUUUGUCAAAAUUCCCCGGGAGCCUGGCCGCCCGGGGAAAGGUAACUACUGGAGCCUGGAUCCGGCGGCUGAAGACAUGUUCGAUAACGGCAGCUUUUUACGCCGGAGGAAACGUUUCAAGCGCUCAGACAUCACCACCUAUCCAGGCUACAUGCAAAAUUCCAGCGCUUUCACCCCACCCCCAGUUGGGCGUCCCUCUUACCCCAAUCCACUCUAUCCAAGUGUGGGCUCUGGCUACAACCCCCAAGUGCACACUGCUCCCCCUCAUCAUCCAGCCGUGUUACAUCACUACCAAAGCUCAGCAGUCAGCCAGGCUCAGAACAGGAUGUUCAGUAUUGACAAUCUCAUCAGUCAACAGUCUGUACUGCAGGCCUCGUCAGGCAUUGAUUUGAACUCUCACGGAAAUGGGGAGCUCGGAGCAAUGGCCAGUUGUUCAGUUGGCGGUACAGAUAAUUUCCAGUCACAGCCCGUAAGCCCCACUGGCAUGGGGGCCAUUUUGAACAGGCCUUCCAACAGCGUGACUUCCAACAUGACCUACUGCUAUUCUACAUCCCCUCCCCAUUUAGCUAUGUCCCAGGCCAACUACUCGCCCAAUCAUACCCAGAUGUAUUGUCCUUCAAAUCGGCUCGCCAUACCGUCCAUGAGAGCAAGUAGCUGCUCCGAUCACUCUGACCAGCUUUUGGCUUUAUCUAGCCAUCAAGUGAAUGGGCUGACUCAGUUCAAUAGCAAUACCUCCUAUAUGAGGCAAACCAAUUAUGCGCCUGGACUUGAAAGAUUCAUGUAGAAUGUUUGCUUUUAUGAGAGAAGCAGUAAAAGUGACAUUUCUUUUUUUCCACAAAACGAGUCGAGGUUAGCUCUUUUACAUAUUUAUUCCAAACUGUAGUGCCAAACUUCAUCGUCUUUCUUCUCCUUCCAUGAAUUAACCUGUAUCAUUGUGUUCACCACUAUAAGAACAUACAUUUCAGUACAAACAGGAUUGAUUUUGUCAGGGAACCAUACACAUCUGUCAUCAUUUGUCAACAGGUUUCGUUCAGAACCAGUUUCACCACAUACUGUGCGGUAUUUUUUAUGUGUUUCGACGAGAAGAUAUUUAUCGUUGAGUUUGUGUUAACUGCUGUAUUAGAUGCAGCACUUUUUAAUUAGCUCUUAUCGGAAACGACGAAAAUAUACAUAUAUUACAUUUUAUGUGAAAGGAAAUUGUUGUUCUCUUUUGGAAACAACGCUCUUCGGACAGUGUAUUAAAAUCUUUGCUUAGAAGCACACCAGAGGCCUCGUUUUGCUUAUGGAUAGACAGCAAUGGUACUUUUGACAAUACAUUCUUCCCAGACAGCAUAAUGUUGUCCAUCCUGCCUACAAUCAUGAGUUAGUACUCGGAGCAGUGAAUGAAGUAUGUUCAAUCAGUUUUAUGAAUCAGUUGUCCACUAGAAAGCUACAUUUACGGAGAAAAUCAAAGUAACGGAGCUGCAGGCAUUUCUGCUUCUUUUUAGAUGGGGUUUCUAUUUUAUAACCAGGUACUGAAUAGUCUGGAAUUUACAAUGGCUUUGUAUACCUGCCUGUAGGCAUGUGUUUGCAAAAUGAACCCGGAUGUAGCUGAAACUAGUAAGAAAUGAAAUAAGGACAGUAGAAUAAAUAAAAGUCGUUGCACGAGAUUGUUUUUUUUAAAUACUCAAUUUAAAAGUUAUGGAAAUACGUCCAGUCUGACAAUGAGUCUCCAGUUCUUUGUCAUGAUGUAGAGAUGCUGGUGUUGGACUGGGGUGUACAAAGUUAAAAAAUCACACAACACCAGGUUA